AUGGAAACCACCCACGCACUUUCAAUGAACAUCUACGGCCGCGGCAACGCCAAACUUGGCGAUGGUCCCUCGCAUAUGGGAAUCGCAAUCUAUGAAAAGGGCUCCUCAACCUGCGAAAUGCACCAUAUUCGUAAUCCCACCGACGAAGACUUUCUCUACGAUCCGCGAACACAGCCUCUUGAUGAUCCAGUCCUCAAAGGUCGCUGCGAACUUACGUCUCUUUCCUCUGAACAAAGUCAACAAGUAGCUGGCCUGCUCUCCGCAUUUGGGAACGACGACUCUCACAUCCCUGAGUUUGGGAUCGGAAACUGCCAAGACUGGGUUGCUGGUGCUGUUGCAAUGCUUGAGCAUGCGGGAAGCUCGGAGGAAAUGAAGAAUGAGUGUCUUCAGACGGGAAGGACAUGGAUAGAUGGUCCUGAGUCGACAUGGGAAGGGGAGCCUGAUGCCAGAUUUGCGGACAAAGAAAAUGAUAAGGUGAGGCCAGUCGGAGAAUUGACUCAGAACGAAGUGUUUCGGGCUCGAAUACAGUCACUUUUGGGAUCGAAAGGAAGUGGAGUAAGUGACGAGGCACCUGCUGAACGGCCGUUCUAUGUGUCGAGUCCCUUCUUUAGCGAGACAAAUGAGAGGGAUAAUUGA